AUGGUUGACCGAACACAAACACCCUCCGAGUCGGGUAAAGCACACCUUCUGAUGAUCGAUCAAGAUGACCAAAUCGUUUACUCAGGACCGUCUACGGGCAUGCCAUUAUUUGCUCGCCUCGGCUUGCUUCAGACUGUUGAAGUUUCGGAAACUCUAUUCUUUCCUGUCCUACACUCCCCUUCCCUAUUAUCCGAAUUCGUCGCGGUCACCAAGCGACGAUUGAUCUGCACCGCUCAAUAUGGAGCUUUCUUGAUGAGCAUUCUCGCUGUGACGGUUCGGUUGGUCGAAAAUGCCAAGCUCCUUCUUCCGCCUUCUGAGCGCGAACAAGCCAGCGAGUCGUACUUUGAACUUGCACAGGAGCUGCUGAGAUCCAGCAAAAACAAGCUCGACAUUCGGCAUAUCCUGGCUCUAUACCAUCUCGCAUUGUUCUCCGAAGGCCGCAAUAGUUCUACUGGUCCAGUCUCUAGUUUCGUUGCGGAAGCCAUUGGCUUAGCAUUCACAACCGGUCUACAUCGCAGUACCACAGAUUUCAAGAUGGACCCAGUGACGCUGCAAAUCCGCACACGCCUCUUUUGGGCUUUAUAUUCUCUAGACAUCUCCCUUGCAUAUUCCCAGGGCCGUCCACCACUUAUAAAGUUAUCAGAAUGCAGCGUUGAACUACCCGUCAUCGUGGACAAUGAAUUCAUCACCAAGACGGCGAUUUUAUCCCAACCGGAGAGCAGUCCACCAGUGCCUAUGGCAGCGGCUGUCAAGAUAACUGAGGUAUACAUGGUCCUCGAGCAAGUACUGUCUGCGAUCAAUGCUCCAUCAAAGACAGCUGCGGCUGCCUUCUCCCUUGACGACCGGCCCUUCGAAAGGAACGACAUAUUCAUAAGGGCUCAAGAAAGACUAGAUCAGAUUGAACGAAAUCUCCCACCGUACCUUACCCAAGUCAAUAUCACCUCUUCACGUCAAAUCUCGAAAUUCUUUCACUCCAGCCGCGUACGAGCCACUAGCCAAUUCGUGCGGACUUUAAUAGCCCGUCAAGCUCUCAUUGACGGGCUCGAUGCAAAUCCUCCACUGGUAGACGAAGAAAUCGACUCUCCUACGUCCGAAGCCUGUCGGCUUUCAAUAGACAUCAUCAAGACUUAUUCCCGACUACGACACACAGGCCACCUUCGCUAUUGCAGCUUUCAAGCUGUUUCUCACAUCACAGCUGCUGCACAUACACUUAUCGCAUGUAUGCUGAGGAAUUCCAACCUUGCAUUCGAGCAUCGUCCCGAUCUACUGACCGCCAUCGACCUGUUACUCGUUAUGUCUUCUCCCUUCCCAUCCGCUAAAACUGUCGCUCAGCUUCUUGUUCAGGUAUCCCGAACCUUGGACUAUCACCAUGGCUCAACUAGCCAGACUGAAGCCGCAGCAAUUCGUGUCCUCGCAAGGAAAUUUGCACCAUCUACAACAUCCAACUCCUCCCCCCAAACAAGCGCGUCUGACAAGCAGCCCGUGUCAUCCUCAUUCGGGCCUGCUCCGCCCUGGCAAUCUGGUGACAAUACUACUGUCCUCCCGCAACUCGGUAUUGAAGCGCUCCAAACAAAUCCCUUUGCUAGCGGUGGUUUCUCCGCUGAUAGGAACCACUCCUCAUCAAUUCUGGACACCCUCGCACCUCCUCAAUCUGGUCACUCAGCGGAUAUUCCACCUAAUUAUGCUCUUACGACUGAAGAGUUAGCGUAUGGGUGGAAUUUAUCCUCCCCAUCCACCUCGUUUGUCACCGAGUCAAAUCCAUGGGCAGUGGCAUAA